UUACCCAUUUUAGUUUUUGGAUGACAUUGCCAAGAACAUAUGAUUGGUUUGUGUAGGGUCCUGGAAAUCAAUCAGCUAUCAGGAAGCAUUCCUCAAGCGCUUGGAAACUUGCCCCAGUUACAGAGAUUACAUCUUACCUCGAACAACUUCUCUGGGAAGUUGCCAAUGUCACUGGGAAAGCUGACCACAUUGAAGGAAUUUCGAAUCAGUGACAAUAACUUCUCGGGCCCAAUACCGAACUUCAUACGUAAUUGGACAAAUCUUACUGAACUAUCCAUUCAGGCAAGUGGAUUAAGUGGGCCAAUUCCUUCACACAUUGGACUAUUGACAAAAUUAUCUGACUUGAGAAUCAGUGACUUGAGUGGAGCUUCAUCACCCUUUCCACGUCUUCGUAAUUUGGAAGACAUCACAAUUCUGAUAUUGAGAAGUUGCAAUAUCACUGGAAGGCUGCCCAAUUUUCUGGAUAGGAUGCCAUCCUUAAAAAUCUUAGACCUCAGCUUCAACAAACUAAGUGGACAAAUUCCGACCAGAUUUAAUGCUCUUAAAGGGUUGGAUAACAUAUUUUUAACUGGAAAUAUGCUGAAUGGAUCAGUGCCUGAUUGGAUGUUGAAAGGAAACGGCAUCGAUCUUUCCUAUAAUAAUUUUACAGUCAAGGUGGCUGGGGAAAGCUGUCGGUCUCAAAAAGUGAACCUCUUUGCCAGCUCUUCACAAGACAGUGAUUAUGGAAUUCUUUCAUGUUUAGCAGGCUCGUCCUGUUCGAAAACUUGGUACUCUCUUCAUAUAAACUGUGGUGGGAAGGAACAAACCAUAAAUGGUACAGUUUUUAAAGGAGACCGAAAUACAGGCAGCUCUAUGUUCUUUGUAACUGGAACAAAUUGGGCAAUCAGCAACACUGGCAGUUUUUUGGAUGAUGGUGGAACUCGAGAUGAGUACAGUGCAACUAAUUCUUCUACUCUUUCUAUGACAAAUCCUGAACUGUACAUGACUGCACGCAUUUCUCCAUUAUCUGUUACUUACUAUGGGUUUUGUAUGGGAAAUGGAAACUACACAGUAAGCCUCCAUUUUGCAGAGAUAAUGUUUACUGAUGACAAGACGUUCAGUAGUCUCGGCAGACGCUUAUUCGACGUUUAUAUUCAGAAAGAACUGGUCCUAGAGGAUUUCAAUAUAGUGGAUGAAGCAGGUGGCGUUGGUAAAGCAGUCAUAAAAAAAAUCCCAGUUGCCGUGACAAAUGGUACGGUGGAGAUCCGCUUCUAUUGGGCCGGGAAGGGGACAAAUGCUAUACCUGUGAGGGGAGUUUAUGGCCCUCUUAUAUCAGCUAUAUCAGUAGAUCCUGACUUUGAGGCUCCAUCCGAAGGUGGAGAAACUGGAAAAUCUGGCAUAUCUGUAGGUGCAGUGGUAGGAAUUGCAGCUGCUUCAGUGUUUGUUAUAUUAUUGGUUCUCGGAAUCCUGUGGUGGCGUGUAUGUCUACAACGAGAAAAGACACUCGAACAAGAGUUACGAGGUUUGGAUUUGCAAACUUGUUCUUUUACAUUAAGGCAAAUAAAAGCCGCCACAAACAAUUUUGAUGCUGCCAAUAAGCUUGGAGAAGGUGGUUUCGGUUCUGUCUAUAAGGGUGUUCUUACGGAUGGUACGGCAAUUGCAGUAAAACAACUGUCUUCAAAAUCAAAGCAAGGAAAUCGCGAGUUCGUGAAUGAGAUCGGCAUGAUAUCUGCUUUGCAACACCCACAUCUAGUCAAGCUUUAUGGAUGUUGUAUUGAAGGAAAUCAGCUCUUGUUAGUAUAUGAAUACAUGGAAAACAAUAGCCUUGCUCAUGCCUUGUUUGGUCAAGAAGGAAGUGAACUAGAAUUGGAUUGGCCAACAAGGCACAAGAUCUGUGUUGGUAUAGCAAGAGGUUUGGCUUUUCUUCAUGAAGAGUCCAGACUAAAGAUUGUCCACAGAGAUAUCAAAGCUACUAAUGUUCUGUUAGACAAAGAGCUAACCCCCAAGAUAUCUGACUUUGGCUUGGCCAAGCUCGAUGAAGAAGAGAAGUCCCAUAUAAGCACUCGAAUCGCUGGAACUUUUGGAUACAUGGCACCGGAGUAUGCAAUGCGAGGACACUUGACUGAUAAAGCAGAUGUUUAUAGCUUUGGUGUUGUGGCUUUAGAAAUAGUUAGCGGAAGGAGCAACACGACUUUGUGGGCAAAUACUGAUGGUUCUUAUCUUCUAGAUUCGGCACUGAAGUUGAAAGAGAAAAACAGUUUAAUGGAGCUAGUUGAUCCAAGGUUAGGCUCCAACUUCAAGAAGGGAGAGGCAUUGAGAAUGAUAAAAAUGGCUCUCCAUUGCACUAAUAUCUCUCCUGCAGCAAGACCUAACAUGUCGUCAGUAGUGAGCAUGCUGGAAGGCAAGCAGGAUAUUGAGGACAUAGUGUUGGAUUCUAGUGUCCCUAAAGGAUCAAUAAACACAGCAUGGACUCAUUUAUUGGAGGAUGCGGAGCAAUCGAAGUACGGUUUGUUUGGCGAUGUCUCGGCAACAGGUUCUUCAACAUCUGCAGUCGAUCUCUAUCCGAUUAACGUAUCUCAGUACUUGAAUAUCAGAGAAACUAGACCAUGAAUUGCAUGAUUUCUCUUGAUUGCUUUUGUAUACGUCCAGCCUUUGUAAUUGCAAUGCGUGUCAAUUGCCCAGAAAAGUGCAGCUUUUCAUCUCUACCAAAUGGCAACUGACUUCUUUGUAUAUUAUCAUAGAAUAGAACAGGAAAGCAAUGGCUUAUUUGACGGCUUGUUCCGUAGCAAUAGCUUUUAAUACUUUCUUUGAA